AGUCCUCUUCAUCCUUGAACUUGCGCUCUCAUGGGCAUCUUCCAUGGUAUAUAAAAGAGUGGUAGUGGCUGUAGCGAUCAGAAUUCGUUCAAACACCAACUAAGAAACCAACACCAUGAAAGCCUUUAUCGUUCUUGUUGCCGUGGCCGUCUGUGCCCAGGCCCUCACUGACGAGCAAAAAGAAAAAAUCAAGAACUACCACAAAGAAUGCUCCGCUGUCAGCGGCGUGAGCCAAGACGUCAUCACCAAGGCCCGCAAAGGCGAAUUCAUCGAAGACCCCAAAUUCAAGGAGCAUCUUUUCUGCUUCUCUAAGAAAGCUGGUUUCCAGAACGAAGCCGGUGACUUCCAAGAAGAAGUCAUCAGGAAGAAGUUGAACGCCGAAUUGAACGACUUAGACGCCACCAACAAACUCAUCGCCAAGUGCGCCGUCAAGAAGGACUCCCCACAACAAACCGCCUUCGAGACCAUCAAGUGUUAUUACGAAAACACUCCCACUCAUGUUAGUCUUGCCUAAAUGUGAACGCUUAGAUUUUUAAUGAAUAAAACUUUAGUUUGAUUAA